GCCAGAGGUCGUGAAGCUAAAAAUGACAGUCCGUCCCCCAAAAAUAACUUUUCUGUUCAGCACGGGCUCCGUCCAAAUUUUUCUUCCGUCUCCUUCGUACUUGCUUGAUUGAAUGUACAAUUCAGUCAUUGCGUUUCUACUAGCCCUGCUAGCUGGUCUUGGAACAGGUUUUGGAGGACUCUUUGUUGUAGCAACGCACAAUGUGUCAUCAACUGGCAAUCUGCCACUGACCAACGCUCAAUCUACUGACAAUUCAUCAGGGAGGCGGAAACCACAUGGAGUGACCAUCAACAUUCAGUCCGACUCUGACAGCUUGGGCAAAGAGAACAUCUUAUUCAUGGGACGAAUGCAAGCGUUUUCGGCAGGCGUCAUGGUUUAUUUAUCGGUGAUUGACAUUAUACCCGAAUCUGCCAGAGAUAUUGGUAUAGCGCUGGCGCUGAUCUGGAUGGCCAUUGGCGUCAUCAGCAUGUGUCUUCUGGAGGCCAUCCUAGAGCCCUACACGCAUUCUCGGGACGGUGAAAAGAAUGAUCAGCAGAGAAUGCUUCAUACGUCCAUGGUGACAUUUGUGGGCAUGGCUCUUCACAAUACGCUGGAAGGACUUUCCGUCUACCUCUCGGCACUUAAAGACAUUAAAUUUGGACUUCCUUUAUCGAUUGUCAUCAUGCUACACAACAUGGCGGAGGGAGUAGCUGUGGCCAUACCCAUAUACCUUGCGACAGGCAAUCGGGCUAAAGUCAUCCAACUCACGUUUUUCAACGGUCUGUUCGAACCCAUAGGAGUGAUCGUUGCCGGAUUUUUACUGCAGAGUGUUUUGACCGAUGUCCUAUUGGCCAAACUACUUGCAAGUGUAGCAGGCGUGAUGCUGUUCAUAUCUUUCCACGAGUUGAUUCCCAUGGCCCUCAAGUAUGCGGGCAAGACACAGACGGCGUUAUCUGUUGCAGCUGGAACGGCCAUUUGUUUGGUGGUGUUAAUGAUUGUGGAUGCCUUAUCUUAGGGCAUACCAAUUAAUGUAUAUAGCCAUUGUUAUUUCUUUUUCCUUCACUACUCUAGAAUUCAUAAUAAAGAAAAAGGGUUACCGCCAGUGGUUUUGCUUUUGCGCUACAUCAAC